AAACUGUUGAAAGCAAUUUGAAACAUUAAAGAACUUCUGAAGUGGAUAACUGAUGAGCUGCAUUGAAGUGAAUUGAUCGAGUGGCGGACAUGGAAGCAGCCUUGCAAUUACCUCCGGUACCUCUGAGAGAAUGGCCAUUCAUGUUUGCUGGACAAAGGCUUUCAUUGAGCCGACGCACACUUAGUUUUCGUUCUCGGCGUCUCGGCGUUGUCAUCACCAAUGCCACCAAUGGAGCCACUGUUGUUCAUUCUCCAAACGAAAUCGAAAAGAACUACUAUGGGCGUCAAUAUUUCCCUCUUGCUGCUGUUGUUGGACAGGAUGCCAUUAAGACUGCAUUGCUACUGGGAGCUGUGGACAAUGCCAUUGGUGGCAUUGCCAUUUCAGGGAAAAGAGGGACAGCAAAGACAGUAAUGGCACGCGGAUUGCAUGAUAUACUUCCACCUAUCGAAGUUGUUGAAGGAUCUGUUGCUAAUGCGGACCCAUUGUGUCCUGAAGAGUGGGAAGAAGGACUAGCUAAUCAAUUGAAAUAUAAUAGUGAUGGUACAUUGAAGACAAAGAUUAUUAAAGCACCCUUUGUGCAGAUCCCACUUGGGGUAACAGAAGAUAGGCUUCUAGGAUCAGUUGAUGUUGAGGAGUCUGUUAAAUCUGGAACAACAGUAUUUCAGCCAGGUCUUCUUGCUGAAGCUCACAGAGGAGUUAUAUAUUUUGAUGAGAUAAAUCUGCUUGAGGAAGGUAUAUGCAACUUGCUUCUCAAUGUUCUCACAGAAGGGGUGAAUACUGUGGAAAGAGAAGGAAUUAGUUUCCGGCAUCCCUGCAGGCCACUUCUGAUUGCUACUUACAAUCCUGAAGAAGGCACUGUACGGGAACAUUUACUUGAUCGGAUUGCAAUUAACCUCAGUGCUGAUGUUCCUAUGGAUUUUGAUGAUCGUGUGUCGGCUGUUGAUAUUGCAACACAGUUUCAGGAAAGCUCCAAGAAAGUGUUUAAAUCAGUAGAAGAGGCAACAGAUUCAGUAAAGACUCAGAUCAUACUAGCUAGAGAGUACCUGAAGGAUGUAAAUGUUAGUAGGGAUCAAAUAAAGUACCUUGUUACGGAAGCUCUACGUGGUGGUUGUCAGGGUCAUAGGGCCGAGUUGUAUGCUACUAAAGUUGCAAGAUCUUUGGCUGCUCUGGAGGGACGUGACAAAGUUGGAGUAGAAGACCUCAAGAAAGCAGUAGAGUUGGUGAUAUUGCCUCGUUCCAUGGUGAAUGAUAACCCACAGGAGAAGCAAAACCAGCCUCCUCCUCCACCACCCCCACCACCUCAAAAUCAGGACCCUGCAGAAGACCAAAGUGAGGAAGAGAAAGAAGAUGAAGAAGAUGACCUUGAAGAUGAACAGCAACAAGAAGAUCAAAUACCAGAUGAGUUCAUCUUUGAUGCAGAAGGUGGUUUAGUGGAUCCAAAACUACUUUUCUUUGCACAACAAGCACAGAGGCGCAAGGGCAAAGCUGGACGUGCCAAAAAUGUUAUAUUUUCUGAGGACAGAGGACGAUACAUUAAGCCUAUGAUUCCAAAGGGACCUGUAUGGAGACUAGCUGUUGAUGCAACCCUAAGGGCUGCAGCACCAUAUCAGAAAUUGCGGAGGAAGAGAGCUCUUCAAAAGGGAGAAUUGAAACGGGUUUAUGUAGAGAAGACAGAUAUGAGAGCCAAGCGAAUGGCACGCAAAGCAGGAGCUCUGGUAAUAUUUGUUGUUGAUGCCAGUGGAAGUAUGGCAUUGAAUCGCAUGCAGAAUGCAAAAGGUGCCGCCUUGCAACUUCUUGCUGAAAGCUACACGAGCAGAGAUCAGGUUUCAAUUAUACCGUUUCGUGGAGACAUGGCAGAAGUCCUCCUACCCCCAUCUCGAUCAAUAGCAAUGGCAAGAAAACGGCUAGAGCGGCUACCUUGUGGUGGUGGCUCUCCUUUGGCACAUGGCCUCAGCAUGGCAGUUCGAGUUGGCCUAAAUGCUGAGAAGAGUGGAGAUGUUGGACGUGUGAUGAUAGUUGCUGUCACAGAUGGAAGGGCCAACAUCUCUUUGAAAAGGUCUACUGAUCCAGAUUCUACUGCUACUACAGAUGCACCAAAGCCUUCAUCACAGGAGUUGAAGGAGGAGAUAUUAGAAAUUGCAGGAAAGAUUUAUAAGGCAGGAAUGUCCCUUCUUGUUAUAGACACGGAGAAUAAAUUUAUAUCUACGGGCUUUGCAAAGGAAAUUGCUAGAGUUGCUCAGGGGAAAUAUUACUAUUUACCUAAUGCCUCCGAUGCAGUAAUAUCUGCUGCAACAAAAGAGGCAUUAGCAGUCUUCAAGAACAGUUGAUGACAAAUUAGCAGGCACCCAACAUUUUUGACCCUUGGUAUUCCUAUUGUGAUAAUAAGAUCAAUCAAAUUUUCUCUUUAUCUUGAAGAAGCAAAAUGCUUCUUUACUAUCUUGUAAUAUUUCUUGAAAUGUAUAACAAUAAUUUUUACUAUGUAAAAUAAACAGAUUCCCAUGUCAAUGUCCUGGAAUUUUCAAUGCGUGUUUGUAUUUAUGCUCUAUCGAGAUGGUAGGACUGCGCAUUUCAUUAGUUUCUGCUACUAUUUUCUGCUAAUUGCUGAGUAGCAAUAUACAAUAAUCAGUUAUGUGUUCUUGCUUUA